UGGGUAAUGUCAGCAGGCGGGUGGGCGGGGCUUGUUCUCCUAGCUGUGUAGCAUUUGGCGAGCACUGCAGUGAAAAAGAAGGCGAAGAAGAAGUCACUGGGAAGGAAGCUCCAACAGGGAGUUAAUAUCUCGGACGAAGACUCAAGUUGUUGAUGAGAAGAUAUGGCGGCCAUACGGAAGAAGCUGGUGAUUGUUGGCGAUGGUGCUUGUGGGAAAACGUGCCUCCUCAUCGUUUUCAGUAAAGACCAGUUUCCUGAAGUCUACGUGCCAACGGUGUUUGAGAACUAUAUUGCUGAUAUUGAAGUGGAUUGCAAACAGGUGGAGUUGGCCUUAUGGGAUACCGCGGGUCAAGAGGACUACGACAGGUUGAGGCCUCUCUCCUACCCGGACACUGACGUCAUCCUGAUGUGUUUUUCCAUUGAUAGCCCGGACAGUUUAGAAAACAUUCCCGAGAAGUGGACGCCUGAGGUGAAGCACUUCUGUCCCAAUGUUCCCAUCAUCCUAGUAGGGAACAAGAAGGACCUGAGGAACGACGAGCACACACGGAGAGAGCUGGCCAAGAUGAAGCAGGAGCCAGUCAAGACUGACGAAGGCCGCGAAAUGGCCAACAGAAUCAAUGCCUUUGGCUAUCUGGAGUGUUCUGCCAAGACCAAGGAUGGCGUGCGGGAGGUGUUCGAGAUGGCCACCAGGGCGGCGUUACAAGUCCGCAAGCGCAAGAAGAGGAGCGCCUGCACGCUGUUCUGAGCCAUCUGUUGAGACGCCAUUGUGAAAAUCAAGAAACGAGGUGUGAGAGAAAAAAAACACAAAAAGGACUUACCUUCCCCACCCCCACCAAUGGCAUCUUGUACUGUAACCUGCAUUUCAUAGUAGGAGUCAGACAGGUGAAUUAUACGCAAAACAUACAGGAAAUGAACUUUGUCUAUAUUAGAAAUUGUUGUUUGAAAAAAAAAAUCUUUGUUGAUUUCCUUUACUUUGUGUUUAAAGCAAAAAGCAUUGUUUCUUUGAUCUUUUGUAACCCGCAGUGAUUUGAAGCGCAUGUUAGGAUGCCAUAUUGUCGAGCGAGGGCAGGUAGUUCUUCGCCAAUAUCCCAUCCCGUCCAAACCGUUUGCCCCGCUAAAUUGACGCUCGUGUUAAAAGCUAGUGCCUUUUUGUAUGUUUUCUACAUCCCUGGUUACUUCUCAUUGUGUUGUCAUUGCAAAUUACGCCAAGGCUUUCUUGUUGAGAGCGACAAAUGGCUGCUGUUCUUGCUCUCGACUCGGGCGCGUCACGGGUCAAUUGCCUCCGUGCUUCUGUAAUGUAACAAACGCACAACACAGAAGUGCUUGCCACGCCACUCACUUUGUGAUUACCAGCUUGCGUCAACAAUAAGCAUGGUGGAAAGCGGUCAAAACAACAUGAGCAAGUUUGUACGAGUGACAGAUUCUGCAAAACCUCCCUGAACGAAGGGGCAGGCUUGAUGGAUUCUGCUCACUGGCGUCCCCACCCGCCACUGGAAUCUGCGCUCGACUGGUUAGCCUGGAACUCGUGUUUGGUUAGCGUCGUUUGCUCGCGUGGGUUUCCAGCAGGUCGUCAUUCUUUGUGUAUUUUAUGGGAGUUGAGUGAGUGACAGUGAGGAGUUUGCUUUUCCCCUCCUGGUGCCUUCUCUGUUCUGGUGCACCAUUGGCAUUCUCUGCCAGACUUGGUAGACCAGUUGAGCUUGCAUUUUUCCGUUCUUGCGGCUGGAAUGCAAACAUUUCAUUUGUAGCUUAGACUAUUCAGUAGGGGAUGCUGCUAUUCAGCUAUUUCAGGAUGAAUAUAGAAAUGCACUACACACAGUUUCCAUUCAAGUGAUAAGUAUUUCAAUAUUUUUUCAGUCCUGUUGGAGAUUGAGAUAUGGGUAAUAUCAGCUGCUAUAAAUUUUCCAAGUCUUGUUAGAUGUGCAAAGAUGAGUACGAAAAAGUCGGCGAGUGUAGAGAAUUUUUGGAUGUGGCAGCAAAGACAUUUGGAGACAAAGCGGCCAUAAACACCAACCAUCCUACACAAUUAAAAUAGUUCUCACCGCCUGUGUGCGAAAACAAGUGGAAAUGAAGCAGAGACCGUUUCACUCAACGACUUGGUGACAGCUUAUCUUUACCUAGCUGAAACAAGAAUUUUGCAAAAACUAAUGAAACGCUUAAGAGUUGGAAAUGGACAUUCAACAUUUUAGAGAAGCUCAAAUCAACCUCAACGGAAAGAUGAUCAAUGUUUCACUCUUUUGGUCAAGCAAGUUGGGCUCUGCUUGUAAAAUGACAAAAUGACUUUUUCAUCAUGCAGCGGGAGCUCCAAAAUGGUCAUAAAACGCUUCCUUAACUGCACUGGCAAUGUGUCAUGUUUUAACAAUUAUGAACUGACUCACCCCUGUCAUACGUUAAACUGUUAGUCUCUGUAGCAAGCACCACUUGGUCACACGAAAUGCAGGCGAUCCAAAUCAUAUCCUCCCAUUCUCAAGCUAAGUCCUGAAUGGUAAGCAGGAAGUCAAAACCUGCCCCCCCCCUCAAAAAAAAAGUACCGUAACCUGAAACAUUGUCCAGAUGACAACUCGUGAUGAGAGUAAAUGUUACUUGUGGCGUUCUUUCAAAAAGUACAUUAAGACCCCAUGAAGAAUGAAUUAUGUUGACUGAAGUGAGGUGGAGAAAGGUGCUGUGAUAUCACAUUAUGACACUUUGGCGUUAUACAAUAAAACAAAUGUACUGACUGGCACGGAUCAGACAGUUCCCUGAAGGCAUUCUAACUCGCCUUGUGCAUUCUUUCAAGGUCCAGCCAACAACCUUGUUCAGGCAGACUGUAUCCUCCCCAUUUGCCUCCGCUGUGCAUUGAUAUACCUGAACACGUGUUUGCAUGGAGUCUGCUUUUGCCCAUCACAUUUCUGUUGCAGGAUAUCCUUAUGAACGUACAGCAAAGAUGAAUUGUCUGCUGCAGCUGCUGCGCAAUAAUGCAAGCACACUGACGUGACAAGACCGUUCUAAUCAGUGAACAGAAAUCUUGUCACUGGAAAAAUGUAGUUAUUGGAUAACGGUAGUCAAAUAGCCAGCGGAGCAGCAUUCCCGGAAAACACCGUCCAUGCGUUUGCUUAUGCUCGGUGUCAUGUCACUUUCUUUUCUCCCUUUUCUCUCAAAGACUAUUCGAAAUGACAAUGCAGAUAAAGAGACAAACUCACUGGCAAACACAGCUUUGCUAACAGCGAAUGUUUUAUCUCAAGUGAACAUUGUUAAUAAACAAUUUUUGCGAUAAGACGAAA